AUGUCGGAGAAUGAGAAAUGCACACCUUGCGCAAGUGGCUGUCAUUCUGCCACAGAUGCCCAUGUCUUCAUGAAUAUUAAUAAUGGGAAAUCCUCCUCUGAUACAGAUUAUGAACUUCCAGCAAUGCCAACGAUGCAAGAAUGUGAUGGGAUAUGUGGUAACAUUUAUUCAGUUGAUCAAUUAACUAAAUUUCCUUGUCUUCAUGUUCUGUGUGGAAUAUGUCUUAAUGAAUGUUCACUUAUAGAACGUGAUGGUAAAUUUUUAUGUCCAAUGCGGGAAUGUAAAUAUUUGAGUUCGACCGCAUUACGUAUGCAUCAAUCUGCUGCAAUUUUUUCGGAUGGGAAUAACAAUGAUGGAGCAAACAGUCCAGCUGAAACACUUUCUGAUUCUAAUUCUUCCUCUGUGGCACCAAUGACUAAUAUCAAUACAUCAAAACUCUCAGAAUCAGAAUCAGAUGAAGAUGGAAUGAGCAAUGAUUGA